AUGUCUCCAGCGGGGGGCAUUUGGGCGCCCAUUGCCAUGAGGGCGUUUAAACACGCCUUCAAGAAAGCCUCGAAUCUCGUAAGAAAUCGUCUUACAGAACUCUCACGCCCAUUAGUACAGGGUGAACUAGAACCUGUUCUCGUACGCUCAACACCAAAACAGCCAAUUCAUCCAGCAGCGCGAAUUCGCCAGCUGAAGUCGGGACGAUGGUACACAACGCACAGUACGAUCAAUGCUGCGGUUCGCCGAUUUAUGAGCUCUGCUGCGGUUGAUGCCAUCAAAUACAACCGUGCUGCUUUUCCCAAAUCAGCAACUGCUACAGCAGUGGCAAGGUUGACCACUCGGGCACCAUUCUCUUCCACUCUAAGACCAAACCUGACGGCUGGAUGUUUCCCACGUACCGCUGGUGGAUACUCUCUGGGAGGUCGUACUACAGCUCGUUACUUCUCGCAUACUCCAGCAGCACCCGCUCAAGUCAUAAACAAUGUAUCUACAGCUGUUCGGGCUUUCUGGCUUUCGGGUCAGAAGGCUCAGUUCAAUGGAAUGACCCCGACGGGAGAGAAGAGCUACCGGAAUAUCACGAAUCUUCAGGAGCAGACCGGACGCAAGAUGCAGGCAAUCUCUAAGAAUUCUCCUGGUUCUUUUAUCGACUUCUCUCUCAACCCUACCGUUACUGCUCUUACCCCUCUGGGCGCUACCUUCGGGUUUGGCUCAACUACAGAGCGAUCAACACCGACCUUGAACUCGGAAGGAUUUUUGGAUGUUCUUUCCGUGGACUUCUCCCGAGCCUUGAAGGAUCUUGCUGCUACAUUGAAUGACUUAAAGCGGCUGUCGACUCUCGGCGACCUCCCAAUAACUUUGGAAAACAAGCAUAUACUACGCAUCCGAUUUCCUGGAUGUGACGCGGAGACAGUCGAACGUUUAUGUGAUGAAGUUGGUGUGCAGCGAGGUAUUAUAUACCAAGAUGAAGAAUUUGAAAUUCCCGGAACGAAGAUGGCCCUGAUGUUCCCCUUUGCUCCGACUUCAGAGCACACACUGUCCUCUCCUGGAGGCUCAUUGCAUUCUCAAUCGGGUCACUAUUUUGAAGAAAUCGAAGACGUAGUGGACAAUCCUUGGUUAGACGGCUAUGAAAGUGCCAGUGAAGGGGAAUCUGUCUACUUCACGAAGCCAAGCGAGCAUCAGAACUCGUCCGAUUACGAAGGCUUAGAAGGGAUAUAUCGAUUUCUGGAGCAGUGCGAUAACGCUCAACGAAUACAAUAG